AUGUGCACCAGGCGAGCGCUUGUUUGGAGUUUGCUGGUCCUCUCUGUCUUUCAUAUGGGACUCGGGGUGUCCUGCAUCUCUCUGGGUGUGCUGGGGAUCAUACAAGCCCACUGGCUACAGAAAAGCCAAACCUCCUUCUCCACACCGAUAUGGAGCGGCGUGUGUUUUCUUGUCUGUGGACUAUGUGGGAUACUGUGUGCGAAGAAAAGAACUGGACUGACUAUGAUCCUGUUUUCAGCUUGUUGUAUCUGUGGACUUAUUGGGGGAAUUCUCAACGUCCAGUUUCUGCGUGCAAUUGUGAAACGGGCCAACAGCCUGUACUCUCUGCACCUGGCCUUCCUCUGCCUGGCCAGCCUGGGCAUCUUGAGCUGCACCCUCUCCACCUGGCUCACCUGCAGACUUGCCAGCUGUGAACAGAAAAGACUGUUUCUGGAAAGGGAUAUUUCGCUGCAUCAUUCUGUGGAGAUGGCCGAGAAGGUGAAGGCGACAUGCGAAUGAGCUAUCUAGGGACUGCGAGAUCUAUUUUAUUAAAAGUGUAAAUUUGGUUUAUAGAACUGCUUAGUUUAAGUUAAGUCAUGAUAAUUUGUCUCUUGUGAGAUAGCAGGUAUUCGGGUUCAUGUCAAAGUUAUUCAUGUUAAAGUUCUAUAAAAAAUUAAUCCUGGAAUAUGAUCAUUCUAAAGGAUUUGUUUUGUCGGAUAAAUGUAACCUUCAUAUAUCAUUAAGUAAUGUAUUUGGUGAGUUAGUCUACUUUGUUCCUGGUAUGCUGAUCAAUUACCACAUUCCAGACAGUUUUAACUGUCAGUGAAUGAAGAGUCAGGUGUGAUGGUGUCAGUUUGCAAUAAUGAAGAAUGCAAUAUAAUUAUGUUAAAACCUUGAAAGUUUAAAAGGUCAGUGUGAUUUUAAUUAGUGUUAACCCUUAAUAGAGCAAAACAAAUGCAAACCUUGCAAGUUAAAGGAGGAAACUUAAUGAAGAAAAAUCAUAACUGCACACUCUCUUAACCACAAUUUAUUAUUACCAACAUUUCGGCCAAACAAGUAGCCUUUGUCAAGGUAUGAUUUCUUACAAAAUGAAGAACAGCAUAAAUAGAAAUGAUAAUCAUGCACAGGUGGAAGAAAUGACCCCUGUAGGGCCUAACACACAUUUUAAUGGAACAGUUUAACCAAUAUUUAGACAAAAUGUUUUUUUAAAUAAUAAAACAUAA